AUGAGUUUACGAAGCUGGAAAACUGCAUUGUGCGCUAGUGGACCGGUAGUUGUUUGUGGUAUUGUCAUUAAAAUUCUACGGCGCAACAUCGCUCAACCUAUCAGCAAAAUUGACAUCAAUGAAAUUCUAAUUUAUGGAUCAGAAGACGAGCGGCGAAUGAUAGAAAUAGGCUUAGACAACCUUUAUUGUAUCCAUUACGUGCUGGCUCACGCUAACCAAAGUAUCGACGUGUGCGUUCCAAGCCUUGAGAGUGAUACCAUAGCGGACUGUCUUAUCAACGUUCAAGAGAGGAGCAAAGCGAUGAUCAGGGUAGUCAUACAUAAUAGUAAGACCUUUAAUCAUUUGAAUCCAUUUUCUAAGUGUGGGAUUCAAGUAAAGGUCGUUCAAACAGCUGAACGAAUGGAACACGAGUUCAUUCUUAUUGAUGCCUCGGAAGAUUCCAGCGAUGCUGUGGCGGUAAUCGGUUCCCUGGACUAUCAAACGACUCGCGUCAACUGUAACAGGGACAUAACCCUUCUCACUUCGGAUAUUUCCGUCGUGACUGUACUCAAGAGGGAAUUUGAUAGAGUGUGGAACUCUGUACAGAUCGAUUUAGAAAAUAACAACCAAGAAACCAUGGCAAAUACUAUUUAA